CGUCUAUCAGCUGGGUCAGCUUCCCAACUUGACACAACGUGGAAAAGCUGGCCAUAAAAAAUCUUAAAAAAACUUUUGUAGUUAGCUCGACGUGGAGGCCCCUUUAACAAAACUAGUUGUAGUUUUGUUUCCUAAUCCAUUAAAAGUCAAUGCUCAACAUGUCAUACACUGCUUCAUUUUCUAGGCCAUCGCCUUGUUACCUCACUCGCAGGUUUCUUUUCUUGUUUUUGCUGUGCUUCAAAUUGGAUAUGGUUGCUUUCUGAGAGUUAAAUUCAUGGGAGGUCCCACUUUCAAAUUCAGGCCCCUCUCUGCUAAUGACACCUUCAUUGUCCUCUUUUUAUAAGCUCCUUCACUGCCUUUCUUUCCUAUUAUCAAAUGGCAACUUCAGAAGAUAUCUCUUCCCUGGAAAUUAUUCGUCAAUUUCUUCUUGGAGACGUCAUCUCCGUAGAUGAACCCAAUUUCGAUAUCUCUUCUACUUCGUUUCUCCAACCCGUCAAACCCAAAUACCCAGUACCCAAAUCCGAACCUCACUCUCCAUCUGCUUUUCAGAUAAAACCUGAAACAGUGGAGUUGGAGUCUCCAGAGGAACUUUAUUUGGAUUCAACUGAUACUUACAGUCCAAAAAUGGCAGACCCUGAAGAGAGGAAGCACUACAGAGGGGUCCGAAGAAGGCCAUGGGGGAAGUUUGCAGCGGAGAUCCGGGAUCCAGCUCGAAAGGGAAGCCGGGUAUGGUUAGGAACUUUUGAUACUGAGAUUGAUGCUGCAAAAGCUUAUGAUUGUGCUGCUUUCAAAAUGAGGGGUCGCAAAGCAAUCUUGAACUUUCCAUUGGAGGCUGGAGUGGGUGGCCCUCCGGCAACAACUAGUUGCAGGAAAAGGAAAAGAGAAAAAGGAAAUGGAGCUGCAGGAUUCUCAAGUCAUAUCCAUGGAAAUUGAAGGUCUAACAUUCUCAAGAAUAAGCAUGAGACAAGUUGUAUUAUUGUUACUGUACAGGUAGACUUGAAGUUGCAGGAAGAAUUAUUGAACAAUAAAUGUUGAAUCUAGACUUGAUUUUCCUUCUA